CAGGACGGUCGCGGGGACCUGCGGACGGCACUGAGGCUCGGACCAGAGGGGUCCCCAGCUGCCGACAUGCCCAUCCUGAAGAGUCUCGGGGUGACCGACUCGAAAGUGUCCCGGGGCGGCACCCUGCCCCUGAGGUCUUCUCGGAACCCUUUUGAAGAAGGCCCAGGGCUGGACGAAGAGGAGCCGGGGCCGCUGGGGACCCUCCCCAAUGGGACCCCGUGUCGCCGCCGCGCCACCCUGGAGAAGCUGGCAGGGCUGGCGCCGUUCCGGCUGGGCUGGGGCUCUAGCCGCUGGGCGGGCAGCCCCGGGGACGGGCAGUCCCGUUCGUUCCUGGGUCGAGUGCUGGCCCCGGGGAUCCGGAGGAGCUCGGCCGACUUUGGCCUCCUGGCCAGGCUCCAGGGAGCCCGCGGCCAGAGCGACGAGGACGCGGCGGGGGACGCCGCCCGGAGAUUGUCCUUUCUCCGCCUGGGCCGCGGCUCCAAGCCCCGACGUGCCUCCCUGGCUGAGAGGGUGGUGCCUGCCGGGGAGGCGGCCCCUGAGCCCCCAUCCAAAGUCCCAGAGCCCCCCAAGAUGAAGGAACCAUUGUCAGUGCUGGAGAUCCUGAGCUUGAUCCAGCAGCGCGAGCUGGCGCGGGCCGACGAGCACAUCCUGGAGCUGGAGGCCGAGGAGCUGGCGGCGUCGGGGGGCGGCGCGCCGGGGCCGCCGGCUGCGGCCGAGGGCGCGGGCGCGGGCCGCCGGGCGCGGGACGUGGCGCUGCUCUACGAGGCGCUGCAGCGCGAGCUGUGGGCGCUGGUGCGCGAGACGCUGGCGGGGCCCGGGCCGGGCGCGGGCGCCGGGGCGGGCGCGGUGGCGCAGCUGGGCCAGGUGCUGGUGCAGGAGGAGGCGGCCGACGGGCGUCGGGGCCCCGGGGCGGCCCGCAGGCUGCGCGCCCGCUGGGCCGAGGCGGUGGCCCGCGCCGCACGCGAGCGCCUGGAGGCGGCGGCCCCGGGGGCGCCCGGCGGGCUGGCGGCGCAGCUGGAGGCGCUGCGCGCGCGGCUGCUGGAGGACAUGGGUGUGGUGCGGGGCCGCCUGGCGCCCGCCUACCCCGCCGGCCUGGGCGCCUUCGGGGUCUACCUGCGAGGCUACCACGGAGCGCUGGCCGACUGGCUCGCGGCCGCUGCCCGCCGGAGGCUGCCGCUGACCGACCGCUACGCGCUGCUGCACUGGCACAACCAGGUGUACCCCAGGGAGGUCCUAGGGCUGGUGGACUUAGUGGCCUUGGAAAAUGGCGAGCUGGGGCCCCUUCUGUCCCCUGGAACCUUGCACAGCUUAGAAGAUGAAUGUGUUACAGAUGUUAAGGCUCAGACACGGGCAGCACUGCUUCGGGAGCUACAGGAGGAUGAGGAACAUUGGGGUGCCCUGGAGGAGAGGCCCAGCAGCCUGGCACAGGAUGUGUGUGAGCUGCUGGAGGAGCACACAGAGCGAGCACCCCGCAUCAGCAAGGAGUUCGGGGAGCGAAUGGCUCACUGCUGCUUGGGGGGCCUGGCCGAGUUCCUGCAGAGCUUCCAGCAGCGCGUGGAGAGGUUCCAUGAGAACCCAGUAGUGCGAGAGCUGCCCCCCGAUGUCUAUGUCAGCCGGACCAUCGCCCUGGUCAACUGUGGGCCCCCCCUGAGAGCUCUGGCGGAGCGCCUGGCUCGGGUGGGGCCCCCUGAAAGUGAGCCAGCCCGGGAAGCCGCCGCCAGCGCUCUGGACCGUGUCACCCGCCUCUGCCACCGCGUCCUGGCUGACCUGCUCUUCCAGGAGCUGCAGCCGCACUUCAGCAAGCUGAUGCGCCGGAAGUGGCUGAGCAGCACCGAGGCCCUGGACGGCAUCGUGGGCACGCUGGGCGCGCAGGCCCUAGCCUUGCGCCGGAUGCAGGAUGAACCUUACCAGGCGCUGGUGGCUGAACUGCACCGGCGCGCGCUGGUGGAGUACGUGCGGCCGCUGCUCCGCGGGCGCCUGCGCUGCCGCUCGGCCCGCACCCGCAGCCGCGUGGCCGGGAAGCUCCGCGAGGACGCGGCGCAGCUGCAGAGGCUCUUCCGGAGGCUGGAGUCCCAGGCCACGUGGCUGGACGCUGUGGUGCCCCACCUUGCCGAGGUCCUGCAGCUUGAAGAUACGCCGAGCAUCCAGGUGGAGGUGGGGGUGUUGGUGCGGGAUUACCCAGACAUCAGGCGGAAGCACGUGGCCGCCCUCCUGGACAUCCGGGGCCUGCGGAACACGGCGGCGCGGCACGAGAUCCUGGCGGUAGCUCGGGACCUGGAGCUGUCCGAAGGGGGCACGCCGUGUCCCCCCCAAGACCGGGCCUUCUUUGCCGACAUCCCAGUGCCCCGACCCCCCUUCUGCCUCAGUCUCCCCCUUUUCCUGGGCCGUAUCCCCCUCUCGCGGCUCCCUCGGCCUGACCUGGCCUGUCUGCCCCGGCGCCGGCCUCCCUCUCCCACCCGGUCGCGGUCCCAGCGCUGAGACGCCCCCGGCUCUCUGCCUCCGUGCCCCCC